AUGACCUUUAAGGCGCUUUCCAGCCCAAGCCCUCCUACGGUGCUGCGACCCGGAGGGAGGCCGCCCUCAGCGAGGCCGGCCCGGCGCGGCUGGGGGCGCGCCCCGCGGCCUGACCGGCAGCCGGCUGAGCCAAUGAGAGAAGGGGGGGGGGGGGGGGGGGGGCAGCCGGCAGAUACAAUUCUUCCACGGUUCAACAUUGACUUGGUUGUAGCACUGCUGAGGCAAGAAAAUGCUAAAGACAUCUGUGUCAUCCAGCUAUCUCCAGAAAUGAAAUACUGUGAUUAUUUUAUAAUUGUGAGCGGAUUUUCAACACGGCAUCUUCAUGCAAUGGCAAAUUACAUGCUGAAAAUGUACAAGCAUCUCAAAGAAGAAGGUCGUGCUAAUACUCAGAUUGAAGGAAAAGAGACAGAGGACUGGCUGUGCAUUGAUUUUGGUAACAUAGUGGUGCAUUUCAUGCUGCCAGAGACACGAGAAGUUUAUGAAUUGGAGAAGCUGUGGACUCUUGGUCCCUACGAUGACCAGUUAGCACAGAUGACUCCACAGUUCCUGCCAGAAGACUUUAUACUUGGACUGACUCCUAACAGCAGUGAUCAUCUUGAGACAAGAACUUAAAGCAGCUACUGCAUGGAAAGAGAAUGAGUGUGCCUGAGUCAUACAGCCUUGAGAACUGUGUAGUCAGUACAGUUGAUCAGUACAAAACAGUUUUUAUUGGAUGUCCUUAGGUAGAUUUCUGAGCAAGCUAAAGUGAGCAGAAUCAUAGAAUCAUCAAGAAUGGAAAAUGCCCUUAAGAGUCCAACCAUGAAAUGUCAAAGAAGGAAUCCUGUCAGAGCUUCCCGGGGCAGCCACUGUCUUAGUGGAGUUUGCAGUGAGAAGAGCAGGGCAAAAACAGCUGCUUAAGCUGGAGCUCAUGCUCAGCCUCUAGAGUAAUUGUUUUUCUAAUGUCUUUGAAAGACACCCUGUAGUGGCAGUGCAAAACAGACUGGAGUGCUGCAAGGAAAACUGAAAUAGUAGAGUUGAGAUGACGCUUCUUGUGUUAAGCCAUUUGCUUCUGGUCACAGUAAAGCAAGUCAUGGUCAGAAGGGGGGACAGAAAACAGACUGGUGUUACUGAGAACAUAAAAGCCAAGAGCAACAGUGACAAAUAAAUGUGCUUUGAGUUAUCAGAACAGUAAAUCAGUUUUCCAGCCAAGGCAAACCUGGUUUUAAUAAUAAUAAAACCACCCUAAACUGAAGUGCUUCAAUUACUUGUUUUCAUAUGAUAGGAUUCAGCUCAUCCUGCAUGUGCAGCUGAGAACUCUCCUAGUUCUUCUCUCACUUAUUUUGUGAAAAGAGACACUGAGGCAACAGACUAUGGCAGUGAAAACCUUUAACUCCUUGAAGUGGGAAAAAAGUUCUAUAGGAAGCCCUUGGUCACUGAGCAUUACUUGCUUCUAACGAACUCUUCAGCACUUUCAGAAGUCAUUAUUCAGUGUGUUCUUAGUGUGACUGAUGCAUGGUCUGAUAACCAGUUAAAGAACUUCAAGGUGGUAACCAACUUUCUGUGCAAGACAAGAUGCUUUUCUCUACUGCAGGACAGGGGUUUCAUCACUGGAUUAGGAUCUCUUCCUCCUGGAGAAGUUUACUCUGCCAUGUAUCAGAAAGAGAUCCUGAGGGUAAUCUACCUUUUUUUCCCCAUAGCUCCACAAAUUACUGCAAACCCUGUCCACAUCUCUGCCUUGCACAGCAGCUUCUGACUGUAAUGCUUAAAGUGAGCCUGGUUUUUGUGCCUGUAACUGUAUUGUUCAGGAAGAAGUGUGUGUUUUUAAAAAAAUCCAAACAAACCAAAACUCACUUCUCCCUCUAUUUUGGGUCAUGUUUUCUUGCUGUGUCUAACCUCUAUUUUUUAACGAACAACUGCCUCCAAGUUCACCUGCACUUUGAUACAAGGCAGCAGAUGGUUGUGCAAUUAAGCAAAGAGUAUUUUUAAGUGUAGUUAAACAUCUUUGCCCGCAAAACAAAUACUUUGUUGGGAAAUACAAGUGCGGAGAAAAGUUUUCAUGCUUCAUGAUACUUCUUGGAAGUAAUCACACGGGAGAAAGAUAACCUUGGCUGACUUACAGCCUGAUGGUUUCUAAAUCAGGCAUUUCCUCCUAGGAGGGAUGCGUAUGAGUAACUUUGACUCAUUCCCUGAAACAUUUGCCUUUUACUUCUGCUGUGGAUAAGUAAUACGUGAUGAAUAGAGGUAGGUUCUGCAAACAUUAUGCCAUUAUGUGAACCCACAUUUAGUAACCAGAACCACAUACAGUAUCCUGUCUGAAAGAGAAAUAACAAAAGGAGUACCCAGAAAAGAGCAGUAAGAGAGGGAGCACCUAUGUGGACAGGCUAAGACUCUUACUAAUGAAAUGGGAUACUAGUCUAUAAGACAAGACAAAAAAAAAAAAGAGAAAAUAACGGGAGAAAUGAAACAGUAAAAUAAACAAAUAUAGCUGACUUUACUGCCAGAGCAUAUUGCAAAAAGGAGUUCUAUGAACAUCUGCUGAUUGCUAUUAAACAGUCAGAACUGCCAGCCCAGGGAAAGAACUUGGUUCUCAUCCAUUUAAAAGAAGCAUUUCUUCCCUCUGCUGAGCUACUGCAACACCCUGACCACCCAACCUGCCAGCCUUGGUGAGACUGUGACCUGAUAGUCCUACAAGCUGGGAUAUAGGAAUUAACCCAGGCAGUCUGGAUGACCAGUGCCAUGCGAGCAUAAAGCCCUUUUGGAAAGAAAACAUUUGGGAAUGAUUUCAGUUGGAUAGAUCAGGUGAUUUCUGGGUAAAAUAAAAAUACCAAGGAGCUUGUGCAAUAAGUCUGUAGAUUCAGCAUUCAGUCCUUGUGGACAGGUACAUGUAGGCUUGGCUCUGUGAAGGAUCCCUUGAGAUGAACAGGAGAAACCACUAAAGUGAAACUUUUAUCAUCAUUUCCUGAUUUCCUGCAAUGCAUCUGAGCAACUUCAUUUUCAAGCACUGUUUGUUCUGUCAGUUGAGCUAACAUCUCUGUUGGAGCCUAGCUUGAGUGCUUUCUCAACAGUUUUUCCUGUUUGUUUAAAAAUUCUACACCCCAGCGCCAUAUCAAGCCCAGGCUGUCUUGCACAGCACACAUGCUCCAUUUAAUGGAAACUGAUACGAGGAGCGCAUGCCUUGGGAAUUGCAGCUUAAGAAUAAGAGCUCUGGAAGGUUAGAAGCAAAUAAAAAUGUCAUGAUUAAGCAAGUGCUUAAAACGGUCGGGGAUUGAGCAGUCACAAAUGCACCAGCAGUACAGCUUGACUGUUUUUGUUGCUCAAAUGACAGGGUGCUGGUUCUGAGAAGAAAGCUCGAUACUGACAUGGAGAAAUGAGCUUAGGGUGCUCUGUGAAAUGUGAUACUCUAUGCAGUGCCUUCUACAGACAAUUUCUUCAAGUCCCUCUUUCUGCUGGUUGGUCCCAGGAAAUGAGCUGUGAAGUAGGAAGGUGAACGAGUUUGGAAAACAAGUUGGGUUUCCCGGGUCUCUUUGAAACGAUCCAGAAUUGUGUAAUUCACAAUGCUCCUUCAUUCCCCAACUCCUCCCUCUCAUACGUAAGCAUUCAGGUAAACAUCUGGUUUCAUUACUACUCCAAAUAAUGUUAACAAGGACCUAAAUGGAGAGGUGAUACCACCUCACCGGCAAGUGGCUUGUUUGGGUGAGAGGUUGCCAGCACAUUUGUUUGCCAGUGUGACUGGUUCUGCCUGUCCAAGCUUCUGGGACCACAUUGAUGACAAAGCUUCACUGCUCCAAGACCACCACAGUAAAGACUGGGUAAGAAACUGCCUCUCCUCUCCCUGUCCCCUCCUCCCCCUGCCCCCCCCAAAAAAAAAAAAUUACUGCAUUUCUGAUCUCCCUCAUGUUUGCCCUGACAGUCAGGACUAUCAAGUCCACAUUGCUUCCACAGCAAAUGAGCCUAAGUGAAUGGUGCAAGGCAAACCAUGAACCAUAGGUUGUCCUACAGACUAUACGGCAUUGUUAGAUGGGAGGGACAAGCCACAGAAGUCACUGCUUGUUUUGGGAAGUGCAAACAGUGUAACCUGUCCUAGCAGCUAUGGAAUAACUGGAUAAGCAGCAGUAACCUACAGGUAUUACAGACAGAAAAUCAGCUUGAUCAAAGCACCAUAAAUACUUGGGACAGUCUGUCCCUAUGCCUCAUUAAUUUAAAAAAACACCACACAACUUUAUCUGAUGAUAGGAGUUAAACUCUUUAUUCCAUUCAGAGGCAUCUGGCAAGUAGAGCUGCAUUGGGGGGCACAUUACAGAUGAAAAAUGAUCCAUACUUUCUGGAUAUUGAAAUCAUUUACAGUAUUUACUUUCUAGCUCCAAAAUACUCCAAAUUACCAAGUCUCAAUUGAAAAGAAAAACAUGAGAUACCAUAUCAAGUCUAGAAAUUUAAGAGAGAUGACAGUAUUUAAAUCAGCAGAUGUAAAUGCAGCACCUAUCUGUAAAGUAAUUUUUAAUGGAAAAUAAUGAAGUCAAAUCCUCCUCAAAUGUUAAGAAAGGAACGUCCGACUGACUUAAGCCUCAACAAAAAUUAAAAUGCUAUGUACUUUCCAUACUUCAGUAAAUUUAAAUUCAUUGUAAGAAAAAAAAAUUAUCCUAAAGGCUAGAUGAAGGUCACUGUCAAAAAAGGAAAAGAAACUCAUUUUUCUUCGCUAAAACUACAACAUAAGUUUGUGGUUUUUAAACCAAUUAGUAAAGAAGAGAUGCAGGAAAAACACUUCAGACCAUUUUCAAAAUUAUCUAACCUGUACAACAAUGAUCUUUGGGAAAAUUAUCUAGUCUAUGUAGUAAUGCCUCUAUUUCAACAUGAACCUAAGAGGUAGAUAACAAAAUGAUGAAACAAAUGUUUUUGCUCGCUGUGCCCCUCAAAUCAGUGCAGCAUGGUGAUUCUGAUCAUCUCAUGCACAAAAAACAUCACAAAAAAAGGUUCAGAGGUAAUAGCAUGGCUCUGUCGACCACACACACACAGGCGCGCACGCGCACACACACACACAGCAGUCUUUAUGCACCAUGUGUUGCCACAUUUUUUUUUUUUCUUAAACUGAGGUAGACUGAAGUUUAUUGUAGAAACUUGAAUGUGUCACUAUUACCACAAUCAUCAUUCAAAUUACAUUUGGAAAUUAAAAAAUUUGGUAACUUUCCUGUUAUCCCUGCCUUUUGACAUUUUUUUUUGUUCUCCUCUAAUGGUUGGUUGCAGAACGUGCAUAAAUCCUGCUGCAUCUAUUAUAAGCCAGGCUAGAGAGGUUGUUGUUUUGUUUGUUUUUUUUUUUCUUGUAAUCGUUUUCAAAACCUUCAAAGUGGCUUAGUGUGGCCCAUAACAGCGGCUGGAUAUGUAAACUUAGCCUUUCAUUAUCUUUCAAUGUGAUCAAACACUGUUUGACCUUCCCCCAUCGUGGUAACUGAAAGCAGUAUGAUGUGAUCUGCAGACAGCAGAGACCCUCCUGGCCUCAAAAAUGCUCCAGCAGAUCAAGUGUUCUAUCAAACUGAAGAUGAAGCUUGCUCUUUGAACAAAAUGGCAAAGUCCAAAUGGGCUGCAAAUGGUUAAAUGUAGCAUUAUUAGGUAGUGAUGGUCAAAGGCACAAAGGGUUCAUGCAUUCAAUCAAGUAGCACAAAAAAAAAUUCA